ACCACUCACUCACAGAGGGAGAGGCAGAUCGAGAAAGAGACGCAGCAAGAAAAAUUGCCCUCCGUCCUCCUCUCCUCUGCCCGUGCCCUAGAAGUUGUCCACCUCCAGAUCCGUAUCCAUGGGGCGCCACGCCAAAAACAAGAAGAAAUCUUUGGGGAUCCCCUCCGCUCCCGUCCAUAUCUCGGAGCUCUUGCCCGAGAUCUCGGCGCCCUUGCCCGACACCCCCCUACCCACCCGUCAUGGCCAUGUCGAGAUGAAAACCAGUGAUUCCGUAUGGACAAAGGGGGCAACCGGUCCAUCCACGGUCUCCACCGCUCCCGUCCCUGGCCCCGGCGAAUGCGCCGCCUUGUCAUCCCCGCCGCCCCCGCCCCCCCUACCCGCCCGCCGCCUCACUGUCGCAUGGGUAACCACCGCCCGAGGCAAGGACAAGCGCACAAGGUCCCCACCGCGGAGCCUCGCCCCGCCGCUCCGCCCCCCGGCGAAUGGGUCGAGGUCGAGCAGCAGCAAGGCUCAAACCUCCCGAGACGGGAGCGAGACCAGCAAGCGCAUCGCGGCCGUCGUCGAGGUCGAGAUCGAGGGCUCCACCUCCCCGCGCUAUCCAGAGUGGGUGAUGCUCAACAAGGCCGCGGGAAUCUCCCCCCGACACCGGAACGAGACCACCGCCGACUCCCACACCAGCCAGGGCCAGGCCGUCGAGGUGUCCUUCUGGCUCGCCGACCCCCCGGCCGUCUCCCACUUCUCCGUCCACUGCCCUGGCCUCCAAGGCGACGAUUUCUCUGACCAGCCGCCGGUCGUCAUCUGCGCCGAAGGACCCUUCGUUCUCUUCAGCCUCACCCUCAACGUCCCUGAAUGGGGCUCAAUCCAUCACUUCGUCUACUCCGCCGGCGGCCCUGCAGGGAGCCCCUCGCUGCGCCUCCUCCCGGUCCUGGACCCCGAGGUUGAAGCCUUCGAAUCCCAGCAGUUUGCCCUCUUGCCCUGUGGCGGCCAGCACUAUGCCGUCGUCUUCCUGGAUCGCAACUGGAUUCCCAGUGAUGAGGUUUGGGAGUAUCAAGCAUACCUCUACUCCUCCAAGAUGCGAGCAUGGAGCACAACAAAGGUGCCCUUGUCACAGUUAUCUGAGACCGAAAAGGCGCUACUUGAUGGACAUUACAGCUGCAAACAGAUCAUGGUCGGGCCAGACUCACUGGGCUGGGUGGAUCUCCUGUGUGGUAUCGUCCUUCUUUGCAACCUCUUCGACGAGAAUCCUGUUAUCAAAUUCAUCCCAUUCCCUUCAACAAGGAUCUGCAUCACAGACGAGGAUGGUGUCGCGGAGAUUGCCGCAGAACACGUAUGCGAUGUCACUUGCUGCGGUGACCUCAUCAAGUUUGUCCAGAUUGAUUUCGAUGAUCCUGACUACGGAAGCAGUGGCAUCGCUUGGAAAGCCACCACAUGGAACAGGAAGCUCAGUUGGAAUGAUUGGCGCAACCGCUGCAUAGUUGAUGUUGCUCAAACGACACGAGUUAUUCUGCUUUGUUGCCUGAGCUGCUGGAUGAUGAGACUCAGCAGCUGCAACUGAAGAAUCUCAUCUUCAUUAACCCCACCAUCAGCACACAAGAUGACACUCGCCUUUACAUGAUGGCCAAGGUGAAUAUGAGAGAUGACACAGCAUGGGUAGUUGCCAUUGACAUGAAGCAUGCGGCUUUGGAGGCACUUGUCCCAAUUUCCACCGAAAGGCACUACACCGUUACGAUGUGCGCUCCGUGUGCCUUCCCCAAGUACCUCAACAACUUCACAGCAGGCCGGGGCCUUCCCCUUUAAAAUUUACUCGCUUGAGAAGUUAAUGGUGUCUCCUCCCCAUCUUGUGUGGUGUUUAAGUGUUUCCUUGUCCAUAUUCUUUGCAUGGGCAGACAUGGCCGAUCAAGUGGGCAAGCACUUUAAGAGGCACAGGAAUCGAGGCCAUAAAAUGGAAAUAUAUGAUGAGCCAGAGCAAGAGAGAUGGAAGCUCGGUCAUCUUCAAGAGGUGGUCUCAAGGAAUCGCCGUUCUGUGUGUUUCGCUUUCUGGGUGAUGGCAUUGAUUGUGAUGCUGGUGACUAGGUAGGAGAGUAGGACACUCUUAAGGAGCAACAUCCUGGUGCUGGGCAUGUAAUCUUGAACAAGUGUGCAAUGAUCGUUUUGGCUGUGGUAAAUGUGUGGACCGCAUAUGGUAGGCCACAUGAUGGUGGUGCUGCUGCUAUAUCUCCCUGACAUACUAUUCCCUCCGUUCCAAAUUACUCGUCGUGGUUUUAGUUCAAAUUUGAACUAAAACCACGAUGAGUAAUUUGGAACGGAGGGAGUACCUGAUACUAGCCAGUUUAUAUGAAGAUAUGAAUUGGUGACAUGUUGGUAGCAAGCGUGUUUGGGACUAGAGGUUUUGAUGUCGUUGUUGGUAGCAAGUGUCUGGAAGGCAUGGAAUUGCUAGGUGAUAAGGUUUUUGCGAGCCAGUGAAAUUUGUUGCAUCUAUUUUGGUUCGUGUUCCUUUGUUAUAAGAAUGUUGUGAGAUUUUGGAUACGUAUGAGAUUCAUGCUGUAGAGGUUUGUUGUUGU